CGCCCCCUUCCCCUUUACACACAAAGCCUUCAAGCUUCACCAGCUUGUCCGUCAUCCUUCUCUCUUCUGGUGACUCCUUUAUCCCUUGGAAAUGUCUGACCGUGAGUCCAGUCCGAUCGCGGAGCAAACCUCUGAUAACGAAAAGACCCAGGGCGAUAACGAAGAGAUUCCUAUUAUGUAUUAUGAAGACGAAGAUGAAGAUUUUUCUGAAGCAGAAAACCAGCUUGAUGAGAACCCUAGAAAGAAGGAGGAUGAUCGCUCUAAAGAUUUUGUGAUAGAUGACAAGGACGAAACCUUCGUUCCUCCCGUGUCCGUUAACUCGGCAGCUGAAGAAAAUACAGAACUCAAUACACAAGACAACAAUGUACCAGGGAGCUAUAUGUAUAACUUACAACACCCAAAACGGGCAAACUAA